GUUUUCUCUGUAUUCGUGAAUCAUUCAUCCUGCUCCUUCUGCAGACACACACCAGGUCCUGAAGGCCGUGUAGAGUCAUGAACUCCAACCUGACAAGUGUCCAGCAGAGGGCGCUGUGCAGUGAGCUGGAAGGAAGAGUGAAGCUGAAGCUGCUCUUUAAAGCUUCCAUCCACGGCUUCACUGGAGCAGCGUUCCAUCAGCGCUGUGACGCCCGAGGACCCUCCAUCUCUGUGGGAUACAACAGCUCCGGACACGUGUUCGGAGGGUACACCAGCGCCCCCUUCAGUCAGACUGGUCAAUAUGUCAACGACCAGAAGGCGUUUCUCUUUACCUUUAAAGGAGAUGCUCUGCUCAAAUAUCCCACCACCUACAGUAACUAUGCUGUCAAAAUGGUCGGUAACUCAGGGCCAUAUUUUGGAAAAAGUUUGAUUCUGAUGAAUGGAGGCGCUGCUGUUCACAGUAAUCCAGGACAAUACUACACGGCCUUCACUCCUGAUGAAAUGCACGGCAACGACCUUCAGCUGAUCGAGUGUGAGGUGUACCAGGUGGAAGGUAACUCCUCCAGUUAUACAGUGUCUAUCUUAAUAUAUUAUAAAUAAUAUGGAGCAGAAACAGACAUGGCAUUUCAAACAGAGGAAAAGCUCAGGGGCAAGUAACUGGUUUGAUGCAGUCGCCAUCUUGGUUUGAGAAUAUUAGACACUGAACUUGUUACAAAACUCUAAUGGGGCAAAACCAGGCAGACUUCCUUUGAAUGGAGCUGUUAAAGUGAUGAUGUCACUUCCAAAUCCAACAGGCAACUUCCCAUU